CGCAAAUUUGCGCCAACUCCAUGGUGAGGAUGAAGCUAGCACAGUUAGGGCUGAUGCUUAGCUAGCAUUUAUUCAUAACAACAAUAACCAGCUACAGUUUCGGCGCUGUUUUUCCCGAUAUACAAGGAGAAUACUUAAUAUAUUUGCAAUUAUAUGUCAGGUAUGUGAGAUAUAGGUAAGAUUUUAUUAUUUUAUUAUGGAAGGGAACAAAUAUGCCUCUGUAAACAGCAUCAUAGGUAACGUUAGCUUCAACCACAGGCGUAGAGACAAGCACCAUGUACAAAGCUAGGCCUCAGUAAGGACUAAGGCCAAACGCCGAAUAUAUUUUCUCCAAUUUGGCAACAAGAGGAGUACUUUGUCUUUUUGCAUUACACGGUUGGGACAACGUGGAAGAUAAACUAUUCAAGGCUAACUAAGCUAAGGAUUUCAUGAAGAAAGGACUCUUCGUCUUUGAACUGUGAAGGGAGGCAUUUUAUUAAAUCUACCUCGGAUGGGUUCUCCAAAAACCAUUAACUAGCUAACUAAUAGGAACUUGUUUAUUUCCACAAGACGUUUUAGGAAAUAAUCUGCUGACAGUGAGGAUAUAACCUAUUGUCAGACAUUGCUUGAAGGAUUUGUUAAAAACGGAGCUCUGAUUGUUUGCUCACUUCGGCUGUUUGAAUGUGGGAUAAAAUGGAGACCCCAACGAUUGUCUACGAUCUUGACACCUCUGGUGGUCUUAUGCAGGUAAAGCCUUUACUGUUACUAUCAUGAUGACAAAAUGGCUAUAGCAGGGUUGUGUUUUUGUUCUCUUUGUUGUUUAUAUAGUAGUAACUACCUAGCUAACUCACUACUAGCUGGUAUAGGGCGAAGUGGCAGUGCAAUGUUUGUAGCUAACUACUACUAGCUAGCUAAGCUCUCUAACGUCGUUAGCUAACUGCUGGACGCCAUUGCUUUUUCUAGCUAACCUCUGGCAGAAGUCAUGUUACCAAAAAGUAUCAAGUCAAACCAUUGACUGAAAUUGUUACAUUGUAGCUCAUUAAAUGUGGUUUGUUGUUGUAUGGCAGACUUGCCACUACAGUAGAUACUGUGCAACAAUGUAGGUAGCUAACCAGAUCUAUCACUGCACUAUUUCCCUGAUACUUUAGCAAAUACAAGCAUUGCUCGCGCCUCCCAAGUCUGAAGACGGAGAAAAAAGAAGUCGGAAACCAGAUAAAAAUGCCCGGAGAGCAGGGAGAGCCACGAAUCACGACACUUGUGACAGUUGCAGAGAGGGAGGCGACCUCCUCUGUUGUGAUCAUUGUCCCGCCGCCUUUCAUUUACAGUGCUGGUAUGUUUAUGAUAUCGUUACAUUUACAGUAAUAACUUCACGGUGUUGCUACCAUUCUUGCAAGGAAGGCAGCAUUUGUGGUUGCCAAGUACAUAUACUCCUCCAUGGAGUUGAGCGCAGACAAUCGUAAAAAAAAAAAAAAAAAAGAGCCUUCAAUACUUAAAACAUUUCUUAAACGCUUACCAUGUACCUAUGUUUGUCCUCUGUUGCGAGACAUUUUGGUUUGUUUGUUGAAAUCCAUACUUUUUAAUAAAACGUUAAUCAAAUACAAACUAUGGAUUUCAGCAAACAAAAAGGCACGCAACAACAGAGGACAAACAUAGGUAUGUGGUAAGGGUUUAAGAAUUUACACUUUUUGAAGUAUGAGUCAGAGGUUAGUUUAAGAAACUCUAGUCUGCACUCAAAUCCGUGAAGUAGUUGAGGUACUUGGCUACAUUUGUGGUUGUCUAACAACUCUGUGGGUAGCUGACUACUGACAGACAAUCUCCUGGUAGCUCUGGUUGGCUAAACUAAUGCACAUUCUUUGCCAAAUUGUGGGGCUGUAGCUCAUCAAACUGUUUUCAACAUUGCAGGUUAAAAAAAAUAUUCUGCCACCCUAUUGUUUAGACCUACGUGUUAAAACUCUGUGGCUUUGUACAUGUUAAAACUCUGUAGCGUUGUACUUGUAUAUAACUACUGUAACUUGUGUUGUUGACCAUUUCUCUGUAGACAGGUCUGCACUCAGUUCUGCACUUAGCUACUUUGCCGUGCUUCAGCUACUUCACCAUGUUUCUCUUCAGUCAAGGAUGACAGAUUUUUUGCAUGCAUUUAGCUCAUUCUCUUGUCUACACCACUUACUCCUCUCCUAACAGACAUUUCCAGUAUUUAAUGAGCUUGCAGAUGUUGGUGAGGUUUAGUCGAGGAUUUCUGCUGAAGCAGUGAGGAGCUCUGGGAACCUGGCAGUGCAGCAUCACUGACGAUAUGAAUAAUCAUUAACCAUGGCAUGUGCUGCUGGGAGCUAAGUAGACCAGAGCUGCUGUCUCCUCAUAGCCUGCACUACAGUAUAUCAAUUUUGCCUAUGAGUUCUGUAGGGUUAUUUUUUAUGUAUUUUUUGCUCAUUGUUAAGACUUCUUCUAGGAAAGUGUUAUCAGUGCCCUUCAGCUGUUGCCACAAUGGUUUCAUAGAUCAUGAAAGGUUUUUGCUGAGGAAAGUAGAUUGUUUAUUUAAUCUUGUGGUGCUCCUUUUUUUGUGGUGCUCAUCACUGCAGUCUUUGACUUUCUUGGAAAGCUUGAAUGAAUCCAUGUUGGUUUUGGACCAGCAGCCAUUUCAAUAGAUUCAGGCACAGAAUUGUGAGACUGUGCCCAGGGGCCUUGGCACUCUGCCUAAAAAGAGCCUUUUGAAUUCAUUCCCUCUCACCUGGCUUUCAUCAGCUACAGGUCUCUAGCGUUUUCAGUCAUUUCAAUUGAGAAAAAUGGCCUUGGAAAAACGCCAUACCUCUGGAAAUUGUUAACUAGGCUACAUUGUGAGGGCAUUGGACGUUAUGAAUUGCUGAUUUGCAUUGAACUUCCUUGCCAGCUGUUUUUCGCUAAUGUUUAAGUUGUGGUGAACCUGCAGCAACCCACCCCUGAGUAAGGAGAUGCUGCCCCCUGGAGACUGGAUGUGUCAUCGCUGCAUGGUGCGCAGAAAGGUGAGUCAAGUCUCUGAUGAAACGUGGAGAAAUAACCAUUUUGUUUGCAAAGUGUUAUCUUGACUGCUUCAUUCAUCUGGGUAGGUUGGUGAGACUAGUGUAACCAGGGCUGUUCAGGAUGUUUACGUGUUUUUCUUGUGUCAUAGAAGCGGGAGCUGAAGAAGGAGCAGAUUAAUGGUCUGCUGGAGCGCCAGCUGCCUAAGCAGUCUUCCUCCCCUGCAGCAGAGUUAGAGCUGGCCCCAGGCACCCUGAGGCUGGACCCCACGGCAGCAGUAGGAGGCACCACAGGGCUGAGGGCUACAGCUGUGGCCCAGGUCCGUCUCCUGGAGAGGAGGCCCAGCAGCAGACCCAACACCCCCACCUCCACCGCCUCCACAGACACCCCCACGCCCUCGGAGCAGAAUGACAUGGAUGACGACAUGCUAGACGUGGAGGACGACGCCCAGGGCUCGGAGCCCGAGAGCUUCUCCCCACACCUCAAGAGGCCCUUUGACCUUCUGAUAGCUGCUGCCAUGGAGAGGAACCCCACGCAGUUCCAGCUCCCCAAUGAGCUCACCUGCACAACUGCACUUCCAGGAACCAGUAAAAAGAGGAGAAGAGAUGAGAUGACAGGAAAGAAUGUGAAGCGACCGCAGCAUGAGCUGGACCACAAUGGGCUGGUCCCACUGCCAGUGAAGGUCUGCUAUCCCUGUGGCAGGUAUGGACAACAGCAAGGCCAAUGUUUUAAUGACAAAAUAUUGCCUUUCUUCUAUUGAACUUAAUUUUUGUGUAGGCUAACUGGGAUUUUUUGGGCACCAGAUGUUACAUUCUUACUAGGCUUUGAGAACAAAUCCAGAAAGAAGAUAUCUUAUCCAAUUAUAUGCAGAUCACACACUAUUUCAGCUGUUUCUACACUCAUAAAAAAUGCAUAUAAAUAAUUGCGUGGUUUACUAUGAAAAUAUACAAUAUGCCAUUUAUUAUUUUGAACGCAGCGCCAUCUUCUCUGGCUGGGCUAAGUAAAGCAUUCAGAAGAGCAAACAGUGGACCAUUAUAGGAGUCCCAACUGCCUGUGGAAAGAGGAGCCAUAAUUACUAGUAAAAUAGUACAGUCUCCAAGUGAAGAGGGAGAGAGCAGGGAAACGACAGAAGGAGACAUAACAUUAUGCAGACUAUCAUCUUUCAGAAAGCAUGGCUUAGUCUUAAAUGAGAGGCAGGCACCCCAUUGGAACAGCAUCUUGGAUUCAAUAGCAGUACACAUCAUCUGUUCAGCAGAUGUUUUUGUUUGAAGGCAUUCCUGAAUGCCAAAAAGAGAGUUUGUGUUGUCAACUUGUUUUGUUGUUUGUUAAUUUGUUUUUACUGCAGUCUACUAGAAUCAUGAUAUAAAGUAAUAUUUGCAGGUGUUUUUUUUAUUUUUGCUUACAUUUUCCCUGGUAUUGGGUUGUGAGGCUGAGAAUCUUAAAGCCAGUUAGUUAUUUGAUCAGGGUUGCCGGGGGAGAUAUGUUCAACAACUGCAUGACUGACUGGCUACCCCAUUUUUUUUGUAUUCGUUAGAGGAGUUGUAGAGUUUGUCCUGACAUGUUUUCAUGGGACCAUAAUGCUACUCUGUAGUUAUGUUGCUAUGUGUUAUUUACUACCCUCUUUAGUGCCUCUAUGGGCUGGCGUCAGAGCCUUGGCUAUGUCAGGAAUACCACAGAAUGCAGAACCACAUGGCUGACCAGAGAGAAGGGGGAAUUCAAACUAUCUCACUGAGCAUUUUAUAUAUUCUGGAAUGAUGAGCCUUGGGGCUUGGCUUGGGGUCUCUACUACAGAUACACAGCCAGGAUUCCAGACAGUAUGUUGGAAAUCCAUUCAUCUCUUGCCCUCAAGUGAUCCCCUCCUCUUUCACUAAACUAUUAGGGCAAACUAACCCUAGCUCUAUUUUGAGGUUAUUUUUGUUUUUUUUAAAGUCAUUUAGCAGACGCUCUUAUCCAGAGCGACUUACUAGUGAGUGCAUACAUUAUAUAUAUAUAUAUAUAUAUAUAUGUUUUUUUUUUUUCAUACUGGCCCCCCGUGGGAAUCAAACCCACAACCCUGGCAUUGCAAACGCCAUGCUCUACUAGCAUCCCUGCUGGCCAUUCCCUCCCCUACCCUGGAUGACGCUGGGCCAAUUGUGCGCCGCCCCAUGGGUCUCCCGGUCGAAGCCGGCCACGACAGAGCCUGGAUUUGAACCAGGAUCUCUAGUGGCACAGCUAGCACUGCGAUGCAGUGCCUUAGACCACUGUGCCACUCGGGAGGAUAUUUUGCAGUCUACUUGUUUGAUAUCAGUCGUAUAUCUAACCCAUCAGGUUUUAGUGAAUCUCCUCUGUUUGUGUUGUAGGAGCUGCAGGUUGGCACCAUUAAUCCAGUGUGACUAUUGCCCCCUUCUGUUCCACAUGGACUGUCUGGACCCCCCACUUACUGCCAUGCCCGUGGGCAAGUGGAUGUGUCCCAAUCACAUAGAGCACAUGGUGGUAAGUAAGCUCAUGGUCACGCACAUCCACGUAUUGAAACAUGUUGUUUUAAUGGUAUUGACCUGAUUGUGCCCCUCUCUCCCAGCUGAAGCAGAGGAGCCUGACGUUGAGCGGCCGCUGCCAGCUGUUUGACCAGUUUCAGGACAGGAUGUCCCAACACGCCAUCAAGGUGGAUUUCCUGCAGCGGGUGCAUCGUCUCAACCCCCCCGUUCGCCGAGGAGCCCACACACACCUGAAGAAGACCCUCAAGGUCAGCCUACUAGUCUCUGUGACAUAUAACACACCACCACUGUGUUCACUGUUGUCACAUCCUGUAACUCAAUCUAUCGUGUGUGUAUCUUGACAGGUCCCUGAUGCUAUAAAGUCCCAAUAUAAGUGUCCCCCGGCCAUGAUAGCCCAGGCUGGGAUCCGCAACGGGGAGCUGAUCUGUAACGGCAGUCCAGAAUCCUCCCACCAGCACCUUACACCCUCUCAGCACUUAACCAGCGAGGACGAGCAACAGGAGGUAGGACACACUGGAGUGUUAUGCAGCAGUGAUAUACAAUGUCUCAUGAUAGUAAACAAAUCCAAUGUCUUUAAUACUGAUUUAAUGCAUUUUGUUUUCCUGUAAUGUCUCCCAGUGGCUCCGUGACGUCAUCACACUCCAGUGCAGCAUAGUGAGACAUCUAUCGGCCAAGCAGAAGGAGAAGCUAUCGUCUGAGUGGGACUCUGAGCAAAUGGACAAGGCCAACAUCAAACCUUGUGUAACAGCAGAGGAGGGCAGUGCAGUGUGCACUUCUAACAGGACAGCGUCGCUAGCCUCCAAGCCUAAGGCUGACAGUACAGCAUUUUGCCCCCAGGGGGCGCCUGCACUCAAAGAAGGCAAGUGUAGCAUGUGUACAGAGAAGCCUUGUCAUAACUGUGGGCCCAGUAAUGUUAACAGUCCCCUGGAGCAGCUGGCUUGGACCAAUGGGAGUUCAGAGGCCUGCAGACAGGAUGACCUCCACAAACUGAGAGAGCCCUCGGGUCCUGAUAGGCCCGUUCCUCAGACACCAGCAGCCUCUGGCCCAGAGUUACCCAACCACACUGGAAGAGCUGUGGUCAAGACUGAGAAAACCCUAUUAAGACCCUGUGCAGGGACAGCAUCCCCAUGCACCAGUCCCUUCAAACCAGACCCCAGAGGCCCCUCUCCACCUCACAGACCCUCCCAAGGCACAGAGGGCCCUGCUCUGACCAGUAUCAGCAGCACCGCAGCGACCCGUGCCCUCACCCCACCUAGAACACCAUACCAGAUCAAGGGAACAACCAAGCUGGGCUCCACCGCCCCACCAGCAGGUGGAAAAGUCAGUCUUGAUGCUGUGACCCCCAGGAGUGGUUCUCUGCUCCCCAGCUCUUUCUCUAUGGGAGACCUGUCCAGCUGUCUGAAGGCUGUGGCAGACAGCCACGGUGGUAAGUCUUACCUGACAUAAUAAGACCGACAUUUUGAUUGGUUUCACUUGUGAAUAAUUGGUGAGGAGAAGUUAGAUCCACACUACCUGAAUUCACUAUAUCUAUUUAACUUUUUGAUUAUUUUCCAGAGAUUCAGAUGAGUAGUCUAGAUGAGAAGUUUAUUAAACUCCUGGCCUGGCAAAGGAUCCAGCAGCUGUUUGGCCCUAAAGCUCCUUCCCCUCCACAGAGCAGCUGUAUCAGCCUACCUCUUGUGCCACAACCCCAGCCUACGGAAGGUAAGAAACCCUUGUUCAUUAUCAAGACCACCACCACCCAGUGUUCCCUAUAUCUCUACCUCACUCUGACUCACUGGCCAUUCCCUCACUAACCCUACCUCACCAUAUUCACGCUGAUUAUUCUGGCCAUUUCUAUUGACGUCCAUUGCUUCUAUCCCCCUUUCAUCAUCAUGUUUGUAAAUUCAUCCUUCGUGAGAAAUAGUUUGUCCUGUAUCGUUACCUUUUGAGUGUUCUGUAUAAAGCAUCAUUUUGAGGAAGUUAAUGUGUGUUAUUCUCUUUCUCAGCACAAAACAAGGAUAUCCAGGCCAGGGCUGUGUUUUAUCCUUUGACUGGGAAAGGAGGAGCUGUCAGUAUGUGCUACAGAAGCCUGUACAUAGGAUCUGGUAAAAUUCACUCUCAGUCCCAGAUAACACAACAUGACCCAAUAGCAGGAACUCUUAUUCAUGUAAUGGUGUCUUCCAUCCCUGGCAGAUUUAGCUGACUUGAAGCUGUGUCUUGUUGUUUGUAGGUGCUGACAUGAACGUGUGCCUUACAAACUAUGGUCAUUGUAAUUAUGUGUCAGGCAAACAUGCAUGCAUCUUCUAUGAUGAGGUGGGUGGAUCAUUUAUUUCACAUUCAAACAUGUACUUAGUAUUGGAAACAGUUUUACGAUAAAUUGUGACCUGUACAGAAAUAAAGUAUAAAUAUGUUUCAGAUAUAUAUUUUCUUGCUUGAGGGAUUAUUUUAUUAGCUGCUCUGUAAAUUAAAUAUGUUAUUAUGUAAUUGCUCUUGCCUUGAUCAGAACACCAAGCAGUAUGAGCUGCUCAACUACAGUGAACACGGGACCACGGUAGACAAUGUGCUGUACUCCUGUGACUUCUCUGAGAAGACUGGCCCCAGCCCCUCCAGCAGCCUGGUCUCCAAAGUGCAGAACAUUAUCAGUGAGUGGAGCUCCUCUGUCAUAGCCUCCUAUAGAAACAGGAAGGAAGUAGUUAACCUUUACCUUUUAGUAAUGACCAUGAUGUUAUGUUUCCUAAUGUUGUUAAAGCAGACGGAUGAUGGUGUUUGUUAAAGGUCUGAUUGUUUGUAAUGUCUUUUACCCACAGAGCGCUGCAAGAGGAGGAAACAGGAAGAGGAAGGGGAGCCCAUGGUGCUAGAGGAGAGGGUGAUGAGCCAGUGUCAGGGAACUUCCAGAUCCUGCUGUGACUGCAAGGCCAGCAGCUCCAGUCUGAUCGGGGGCAGUGGGGCAGGCUGGGAGGGCACUGCCCUGCUCCACCACGGCAGCUUCGUCAAGCUGGGCUGCAUGCAGUUUGUCUUCAGUAUUACAGAGUUUGCCUGCAAGCAGCCCAAAGAGGAAACUAUGACUACCCCAAACACCACCUCCACUGCCACCCUCCAGAGCCAGGAGGGAACAGAACCCUCUGACAAGCACAUCUCCCAGCUCCACCAAGUGCCAGUGAUACAACCUAACCCUGUCCCCUAGCCCUAUGUCCCCACAUCAACAAGAACCAGGCUCAGCAGCUGUACUUGUAUACUGUAUAAAAAAAGGAAAGGGUUCUUAUUUUAUGUUCAUACAUUUGCAUGAAAUUAAGUAUUUUUCAGGCUCAUAUUUUGUGGGCAAGUUGCACAUAGAAUUUAUAUUUUUCAUUUUUUGUAAAUGGACAACUUUGGCAUUGAAAAAAGGGAUGGUUUAUCGUAGACAUGCGAAAAAACAAGCAAUGUCACUUGUAAAGUACUCAACUUGUUGUAUUUUGUGCCAGUAAUGAUAGCAUAAACAUGCUUCUUUCUCUGAAAAUGCUACUUUUAUUUGCUCUUCAUCAUUUUAGUUUGUGUACUGUAUUUGAAAAUGUAGUUGUUCAAAUGUUUGUUUUGCUAUUGCACUACAGGCAGCAGCUAUAUAUUCAAACUUAUAUGUACACAUCCAUGCUUAUGCAUAGGUGUGUGUGUUUUGAAAUAUCCACACAAAUGUACAUGAUUAAGAAUCCCUUUUCAACAUAGAACAAGGGGAGCAUAGGAUUCUGUAUGCAAACUCAAAUUAUGGCCAUUUUGGCUUAAAUCUAUACAGUGCUUCAUGUGAAUUUUGUGCAGUAGUUUUCAUAAUUGUUAGUCCAGUUUUUUUCAAUACUGUGUCAAUAUUGUAAAUGGUCUGUUUUUAGAAAUAAUUCAUCAGAAAAUGUUUAUGUACUCUGUAAAUACAAAGCAACUUUGACUUGGUUUCUUGUCUGUCAUAAUGUAAAUACCUAAAGAUUUUUAAGAACAAGCAUCAGUGAACACCUCGGCUUCAGUCAUUUCAUUCGUUGCUAACAACCAAUUG